AAAGUUAUACCUCAGGCGUUCGUCCGACCAGAGAGUUUUUAAUUCUUGCGUUGGUAGCAACGGGGCAUCGAACCGUGAACAGCGCUCGCACGAUCGUUACGUGACUCACGUCAAAAUUCGCCGACAAAUCGAAGGGCGCAAACGUCGGCACGGUCGCGCCGCUUUUGGAACAGUCGCCAGGAAAAUUUCGGGUAAUGUAGAAAUGCUCCAGGAUCACGAACUCUUCGUUCGGCUGUGUCAGAAGCGCGGUAUUUCCUCGAUCCCCGAGAUAUCAGAUGCGUUCAGAGCUAGCAGCACCACCGGAGAGCUACGAUUGUCUUGCCUGUCGAUAAUUAUACCGGUCUGCGAGAUUAUAGCGCAGACCUUGGUAUCCAGCGCGACGAUCAAGACCCUUGACAUGAGCGAUUGCAUGCUGUUGCCAAAGGGUCUGGACGGCAUCCUUGAUGCACUCUGCGAGGGCACCGCCGUCACCACUCUGAAAUUAAAGGGUAACAACGUGAACGGUCCAAUCGUAACCCACCUGGGCCGGGUCCUCGCGUGUAACAACACGCUCAAGCGUCUGCAUGUCGAGUGGAAUAGCAUGGGAGCCCACGCGGACUCGUUCGCCGCAUUCUGCGACGGUCUAACGAGGAACCACAACAUCGAACAGCUCGAUCUUAGAUAUAACCAGAUAUCGCCGCAGUGCGCCGAGCAUCUGUGCAGAGUGAUACAGCGGAACAAGUCUCUGAGAAGUAUCGACCUAUCCUGGAACACGUUGGGCCUGCAGGGCGGUCGAUUGCUGUUGAACGCGAUCGGCGACAACAAGACCAUCACCGACCUCGUUCUGCGCGGAAACUGCGUACCCGAAGACAUUGCGCUCGCGAUGGAAGAACGAUUGCGAGAGAAUCGCCGUAGAUGUGUUGCCACUGAGUUCGUCCUGCCUUCCGCGGACGUCGCGAGCUCCCCCCCGUUAACGGCGGAGAAGCAAGGCCUCAUGACACCAACGGCGGCCAGAGAUGCUUAUGUCGGAAUCAUUAGUAGCACUCCGGAAAAGCCGCGAACGUCGCGAGGAAAAGGGAAAGUCCACAAGGCUUCUCAAGGGUCCAAGGACCUCGUGCAGAUUGCCGACGAAAUUAGUCCUUCGAUUGAAACGAAAUCAGAAGCAAACGUCGGCUUGGAAGAUGGCAAUCGAGGUUCCAGCGCGCGAGGCGAUCACAUUUCCCUGGUAGAUCGCGACGACAGAGUGAUCGAAACGGAGCCCAAGCUCGCUGAUCUCAACGAGAUGUUGCGAGAGCGCAGCGCGGCGAUCGAUCUGCUGACCGACAAGCUCGCGAUGAAGGUUGCGGAAGUGGAUGACACGCGGGCACAGCUAGGCCUGCUGCAGACGGAGAUUCAUCAGCUGCAGCAGGAGAAAGCAAGGUUCGACUCGGACAAGGCGGGGGAAAUUGCACGACUGCAGAAGAAUCACAGCGAGGCGGAGGAGAACUGGCGGAGGAGUUACAAAGACUUGAAGAACAAUUACAACGAAUGUUCGCGAAACAAGAAGGAAGCAGAUUUCAAGAUUCGUCAGUACGAAAAAGAGAUUCACAAAAGUUCGCUAGAGCUCGGUCUGCUGAGGGACAAACUCGUCUCUGCUACACGAGCGUACGAGGAUCUGCUGUCGAACCACAAAACCGAGAUGCACCGUCUGAGAAGGGAGUCGAAAGAGCGCGAUAACAAACAUCGCAUCGAGCUCAACAUCCUGAAGAGCACGCUGAGGGAGACCACGCAGGCUCUCGAGGACUGCCAGACCGAGCUGCAAAAAUCCAGAGGCGAGUCACGUGACUUGAGCGAGAACCAAGCCCUCUUAAAGGCGAAACUGGACGACGCAGAGCGCAAAGUGCUCAGGUAUGCAAGAAUAGAAGAGAAUUGCCAAAGGCUAAAAGAGGAGAAGAAUACGUUGCAGGAGAAAUUAGUUGAUUCGCAAAGAACCGUGUCCUCCCUGCAGCGGCAAGUUACAAGCCUCGAGGGCGAGCUGAUCGAGCCUGAAAGACGUUACAAUUUGCUCAAGGAGGAGCUCGAUUUGGAGAAACAGACGAACGAGAGAUUCAAGCGAGAACUUGGCGAGGAACGAGCCAGAUUGAAGGAUCAGGCUUUCCAGGCGGAAAAGAUGAAUCAACAACUCGCCGCGCUCAAUGCGCGACUGAACGAGGUUCAGACUACUCACGCUGAGGUGCUCCGCGAGCGGGACAGAGAAAGAAAGCAACUCCAAGAGAUUAUUUCAAGCAAGGAACGUAAUUUAUCGAGAUUACGCACCGAGGAAGUUCAAAGAACAGAGCAGCUCUAUGCGGCUUUCACCAAGUACCUGAGUUCCUUGGGUCCGAGUCCUGUUACGUGAUUCUUGUCGAGCAUCAACAAAUUUGCUCUCAAGCGCACAAAGUCCUUCGAACGUUUGUACAUAUUAUAUCCCGUUAUUUAAGAUAAAGAUCUUCAAACAUUUGUACAUAUGUCAUACCCCGUUAUUUAAGAUAAAUAUCAAUCGAGACAAAAGUUACAUCAUCGUGAAGAAUACUUAGAUCGAAUCACGUCGAAGAGGGAAUGCCGGACGGAGCAUAACACAGAAAACAGGAAAGUUUCUUUCAUAAUAAAUAGGUUUUUAAUAAUUUAAUUUGUUCGCUAUACAUCAUUUUAGUUGCAAUAUAAAGUACAUUGUCUUGAUCCUUAAACAUCGCUAUUAAAUAAAAGAUCGAUUUAAU